AUGUCUCAACGAAAUCAAGAUACUACUCGAUCAUUUCAAACUCCCAAUGGCAGUCCGUUAACACCAACAACAGCUAGACACCACGUUCGUCGAAAAUCUCAUUACCCUUCAACAAUUAGUUUCAUAUUUGGUCAUUUCUCUUCCCUUCUGCAAUAUCUAUUUCGUCAAAUAUUUCGUUCAAAUAAUCUUCCAUUCAUUCUAACUUUCCUUUGGCAUGCGUAUAAUGUUCGUAGACUAUUGACUUCUUCGAAAAAUUACUUGGAUAAAUACACUUCGGGAAGAAAACAAUCAAGUCUUCAACCGGCAAUCGCGGCGGAUAUAUUAAAAAGACUGGGUGGGAUAAAUUUAUCUUUAGCUUUAUUGGCUCUAUUAGCAUUAAUUAGAUUUAAAGAUUUGUCAACACAGAAACUUGCAUUAUUUGUUUUAAUGAUAGCUAAUGGAACUCAAGCAUGGAAUGAUGGGGCUAAUUGGAGGAGUGGAAGAUGGAAUUGGGCACAUUUAAUUGAAAAUGGAAGUGGUGAUGGGAUAAUCGCGUUAAUGAAUUUAGUAGCUUAUAUUGUUUCAGCGGUUAAAAGUAAAUCUUUAUAA